AAGAGAGGGGGAAGUAGAAGGCUGUUCUUACAUUUUGCUCCGCACAGUUGGCAAGCGGGCCGCAGUUGGCGACGUUUCCUACAGAGGACUGGCUUCUGUGAAUAUUGUGAUAUUGUGCAAUACAUAGUUUUGUUGUGGAACAUGUAAAGUGAACGAGUGAACCCUUUGGUGAUCCCAUACCCUCUUGUCAGAAGUAGGAAGGCAAGCAGGCAAGAUGGCUACGAGCGAUUCCAAAGCCCCGCUUCGCUCGGUGAAGCGGGUGCAAUUUGGCAUUUUGGCACCUGAUGAAAUCCGUCGAAUGUCUGUGACUGAGGGAGGAAUUCGCUUUCCUGAAACCAUGGAAGGUGGAAGACCGAAGUUGGGUGGAUUGAUGGACCCUCGUCAAGGUGUAAUGGACAGAAAUUCUCGGUGUCAGACUUGUGCAGGAAAUCAGACAGAAUGCCCAGGACAUUUUGGACACAUAGAUUUGGCGAAACCUGUUUUUCAUGUUGGUUUCCUUACAAAAACAAUUAAAAUUCUUCGCUGUGUUUGUUUUUACUGUUCUAAGCUGUUAGUUAGUCCAACAAAUCCAAAGAUAAAAGAAAUAGUGAUGAAGUCUAAAGGUCAACCUAGGAAGAGAUUGACUUUUGUUUAUGAUCUGUGUAAAGGUAAAAAUAUUUGUGAAGGUGGUGAUGAAAUGGAUAUUCAGAAGGAAAACGAUCCAAAUGAUCCUAACCAGCAACAGUCCCGAAAAGCUGGUCAUGGUGGUUGUGGCAGAUAUCAGCCAAGCAUAAGAAGAUCUGGUUUAGAUUUGACAGCAGAAUGGAAGCAUGUCAAUGAAGAUUCUCAAGAGAAAAAGAUCAGCUUAAGUGCGGAACGUGUUUGGGAGAUUUUGAAACACAUUACUGACGAAGAAUGUUUCAUUCUUGGAAUGGAUCCCAAAUUUGCUAGACCUGAUUGGAUGAUUGUUACAGUAUUGCCAGUCCCUCCUUUAUCUGUGAGACCAGCUGUUGUCAUGUAUGGUUCAGCAAGAAAUCAGGAUGACAUUACUCACAAAACAUCAGAUAUUAUUAAGUCAAAUAAUGAACUCAUUAGAAACGAGCAAGCUGGUGCAGCUGCUCAUGUAAUUUCAGAGAACAUUAAGAUGCUGCAGUUUCAUGUGGCAACUCUAGUAGAUAAUGAUAUGCCUGGAAUGCCAAGAGCAAUGCAGAAAUCUGGAAAACCACUGAAAGCAAUUAAAGCCAGAUUGAAAGGAAAGGAAGGAAGAAUUAGAGGAAAUUUAAUGGGGAAACGAGUGGAUUUCUCUGCAAGAACUGUAAUUACCCCAGAUCCUAAUCUCCGAAUUGAUCAAGUUGGAGUGCCUCGAUCAAUUGCUCAGAACAUGACAUUCCCUGAAAUUGUGACUCCCUUUAAUAUUGAUAAAAUGCAAGAAUUAGUGCGAAGAGGAAAUUCACAGUACCCUGGAGCCAAGUAUAUUGUGAGAGAUAAUGGAGAAAGAAUUGACUUGCGCUUUCAUCCAAAAUCUUCUGAUUUACAUCUUCAGUGUGGUUAUAAAGUUGAACGGCAUAUUCGGGAUGGCGAUUUAGUUAUUUUCAACCGGCAGCCUACAUUGCAUAAAAUGUCAAUGAUGGGCCACAGAGUUAAAGUAUUGCCAUGGUCAACGUUUCGUAUGAACCUUAGUUGCACCAGUCCCUAUAACGCUGAUUUUGAUGGUGAUGAGAUGAACUUGCAUGUUCCUCAGUCAAUGGAAACUCGUGCAGAAGUUGAGAAUCUUCAUGUGACUCCUCGUCAAAUUAUUACUCCACAAGCAAAUAAACCUGUCAUGGGUAUUGUGCAGGACACAUUGACAGCUGUGAGGAAGAUGACUAAGAGAGAUGUAUUUUUAGAAAAGGAAAACAAGUAUUUUCCCUCAUUAUUCCUGGAAAUGUAAAUAUGAUAAGAACACAUUCCACUCAUCCUGAUGAAGAAGAUGAUGGGCCUUACAAAUGGAUAUCACCUGGUGACACUAAGGUAAUGGUGGAACAUGGUGAACUUGUGAUGGGGAUUCUUUGUAAGAAAACAUUGGGCACAUCUGCUGGCUCUCUGCUACAUAUUUGCUUUUUGGAACUUGGUCAUGAGGUUUGUGGUCAGUUCUACGGCAACAUUCAAACAGUCGUAAAUAAUUGGCUGCUGUUAGAAGGUCACUCAAUUGGCAUUGGUGAUACUAUUGCUGAUCCUCAGACAUACUUGGAAAUUCAGAAGGCUAUUAAAAAAGCCAAAGAAGAUGUGAUAGAAGUCAUCCAGAAAGCACAUAAUAUGGAACUGGAGCCUACACCUGGCAACACACUUCGGCAAACUUUCGAAAAUCAGGUGAAUCGUAUUCUAAAUGAUGCUCGAGACAAAACUGGAGGAUCUGCUAAGAAAAGUCUUACUGAGUACAACAAUUUGAAAGCUAUGGUGGUGUCAGGAUCCAAAGGGUCUAACAUCAAUAUUUCUCAGGUUAUUGCUUGUGUGGGGCAACAAAACGUUGAAGGAAAAAGAAUUCCUUUUGGAUUUCGAAAAAGGACAUUACCUCAUUUCAUUAAAGAUGAUUAUGGACCUGAGUCUAGAGGUUUUGUGGAAAACUCAUACCUGGCCGGUCUUACACCAUCAGAAUUCUUUUUUCACGCUAUGGGAGGAAGGGAAGGUCUUAUUGAUACAGCUGUAAAAACCGCUGAAACAGGAUAUAUUCAGCGUCGUCUUAUAAAGGCUAUGGAGUCUGUAAUGGUGCACUAUGAUGGUACAGUUCGUAAUUCUGUUGGGCAACUAAUUCAGCUACGUUACGGUGAAGACGGCCUCUGUGGUGAAACUGUGGAAUUUCAGAACCUUCCUACGAUCAAGCUGUCCAAUAAGGCAUUCGAAAAGAAAUUUAAAUUUGAUCCAACAAAUGAAAGGCAUUUACGACGUAUUUUUAAUGAAGAUAUCAUGAAAGAGUUAAUGGGUAGUGGUGAUGUGAUAUCAGAGUUAGAAAAGGAAUGGGAACAGUUAGUCAAGGACAGAGAAGCACUGAGGCAAAUUUUCCCUAGUGGUGAGAGUAAAGUUGUAUUGCCUUGCAAUUUGCAAAGAAUGAUAUGGAAUGUACAGAAGAUAUUCCACAUAAACAAGAGAGCACCGACUGAUCUGAGUCCUUUACGUGUUAUCCAAGGUGUGAAUGAUUUACUGAAGAAAUGCAUUAUAGUGGCAGGUGAAGAUCAUUUAAGUAAACAAGCCAACAAAAAUGCUACAUUGUUAUUCCAGUGUUUAGUUCGUUCUACAUUGUGCACAAAAUGUGUAUCAGAAGAGUUCCGUUUAUCUUCUGAAGCGUUUGAGUGGUUGAUUGGUGAAAUUGAAACCAGAUUCCAGCAAGCUCAGGUGAGCCCUGGUGAAAUGGUGGGAGCUUUGGCUGCUCAGUCUCUUGGAGAACCUGCCACACAGAUGACACUAAACACUUUCCACUUCGCUGGUGUGUCUUCAAAAAAUGUAACACUUGGUGUGCCACGGUUGAAAGAAAUUAUCAAUAUCAGCAAAAAACCUAAAGCUCCUUCUCUAACAGUCUUCCUGACUGGAGCUGCUGCAAGAGAUGCUGAAAAGGCUAAAAAUGUCUUGUGUAGAUUGGAACAUACAACAUUACGAAAGGUUACUGCAAACACUGCAAUUUAUUAUGAUCCAGAUCCACAAAACACAGUUAUUGCAGAGGAUCAGGAAUUCGUCAAUGUGUACUAUGAAAUGCCUGAUUUUGAUCCUACAAGAAUUUCUCCAUGGCUACUUCGUAUUGAACUAGAUAGAAAACGCAUGACUGAUAAGAAAUUAACUAUGGAACAAAUAGCUGAAAAAAUAAAUGCUGGUUUUGGAGAUGAUUUGAAUUGCAUUUUCAAUGAUGAUAACGCAGAGAAACUUGUACUUCGCAUUCGAAUAAUGAAUAGUGAUGACAACAAAUUCCAAGAUGAAGAAGAGACUGUUGACAAAAUGGAAGACGACAUGUUCCUUCGUUGCAUUGAAGCCAAUAUGCUUUCAGAUAUGACUUUGCAGGGUAUUGAAGCGAUAGGCAAAGUAUACAUGCAUUUACCUCAGACUGAUUCUAAGAAGAGAAUAGUUAUUACUGAAACAGGAGAGUUCAAAGCUAUUGCUGAAUGGCUUUUGGAAACUGAUGGAACUAGUAUGAUGAAAGUUCUGAGUGAAAGAGAUGUUGACCCUGUCAGAACUUUCUCAAACGACAUUUGUGAAAUUUUUUCGGUACUGGGUAUUGAGGCUGUGCGAAAAUCAGUGGAAAAAGAAAUGAAUGCAGUGCUACAAUUUUAUGGUCUGUACGUGAACUAUCGACACUUGGCUUUGUUGUGUGACGUAAUGACAGCAAAAGGUCAUCUUAUGGCUAUUACUCGUCAUGGAAUAAACCGACAAGACACUGGAGCACUUAUGAGAUGCUCAUUUGAAGAAACUGUGGACGUAUUGAUGGAUGCAGCAUCACAUGCCGAAGUGGAUCCCAUGAGAGGUGUAUCAGAGAAUAUCAUUAUGGGACAGUUGCCUCGGCUUGGAACAGGAGCUUUUGAUCUUCUCCUUGAUGCGGAAAAAUGUAAAGCUGGAAUUGAAAUUCCAAUGAGUGUUGGUGCUGGUAUGAUUGGAGGAGUGGGCAUGUUCUUUGGAAGUGCAGCAACUCCAUCUAUGAGCCCACAGAUGACUCCUUGGAACCAAUCUGCCACUCCAGGGUACAGCAGUUCUUGGUCUUCACCAGGAAAUGUUUACGGUAGUGGAAUGACUCCUGGAGGCCCUAGCUUUUCACCAUCUGGAGCCAGUGAUUCUAGUGGUCUCUCGCCUGGAUAUUCACCAUGGUCUCCUCAGAUCAGCAGUCCAUCAUCUCCUGGGCCUUCUAUGAGUCCAUACAUUCCCAGUCCUGUUAGUGGACUAUCUCCCAAUUAUUCACCAUCAAGUCCAGCAUAUGCUCCCACAUCGCCUAGUUUAACACCUUCAAGUCCAAACUACAGUCCCACUAGCCCUUCAUACAGCCCAACUUCUCCCAAUUAUUCACCAACAAGCCCUUCAUAUUCACCAACCAGUCCUUCAUAUUCUCCAACAUCUCCAUCAUAUAGUCCUACAUCUCCAUCAUACAGUCCAACCAGCCCUUCAUAUUCACCUACAAGCCCUAGUUACAGCCCUACGAGCCCUAGUUACAGCCCAACAUCUCCCUCUUAUAGUCCAACUAGCCCUUCAUACUCACCUACCAGCCCUAGCUACAGUCCAACCAGCCCCAGCUACAGCCCCACCUCACCUUCAUACAGCCCUACAAGCCCAUCUUACUCCCCCACUAGUCCUUCUUAUUCCCCAACAAGUCCUUCAUAUAGUCCUACAAGUCCUAGUUAUUCUCCAAGCUCUCCUAAUUACACCCCAGCCUCACCCUCAUAUUCUCCAACUAGCCCAUCGUACUCGCCUAGUUCACCACAAUACUCACCUGCUAGCCCAAGUUAUUCUCCUAGCAGUCCUAAGUAUUCUCCAACUUCCCCAUCAUAUUCCCCAACUUCGCCAUCAUUUGCUGGAUCUUCUCCACAGUACACUCCAGCAUCUCCCCAGUAUUCCCCUACAUCUCCUACAUACAGUCCUACAUCUCCCUCCUAUUCUCCGAGCUCUCCCAAACAUCCUUCAAGUGCUUCUACUCGCUACUCCCCAACAUCACCUAACUAUUCUCCAAGUAGUCCUUCGUAUUCUCCUACAAGUCCACAAUACUCUCCUUCCAGUUCUAAGUAUUCCCCCACUAGUCCAACCUACACUCCUACUUCUCCAAAUUACAGCCCUUCUUCACCCACAUACUCUCCUGCAGCACCUGGAUAUUCACCAACUUCACCAUCAUAUUCACCUACAUCUCCAACAUAUGAACCUGAUGACUGAAGGGUGAGCUGAGACUGCUAGAAGAGGUGGAAACAUCUGCAAGGAACCACACAUCAGACCAUUGUCUGAAAUUGUAUAAACACAUUUUCCCAUUCUUAGAUCUUCAAAGGUUAUAUUUUUUGGUGUACUGGUGUUAUUUUGCAUCACUAGCUCAUGCUUCAUGCUUUUGUUUUGAAUCAAUAUCAAAAAAAAAAAUAAUUUUUAUGUUGUAUUAGAACCGGAGGUAUAUAUAAUAUAGUUGUAUUUAUAUGUAAAAUACAAAAAUUGUGGAUGUUUUAAGGUUUCUUUUUAAUAAUGGAAUAAAAAGAAUUUCCUGCAAUUUCUGUGUGUUUUUUGGGUAGGGCUUCACUUUUUCAGAAUCUGUUCCUGUUGUGGUUUUCCCAA